UUUCAGCUGCAAACGCAUAUUCCAUGCCUGCCUUUAGGUCAACACUUAACCUCACUCUUUACAGUCUAAUAUAAUUAAUUUUCAUUCAGUGCGAAACACCGAAAUUUGAUUUCUCGAAUUAGCUAUUGAUCAAUCUGUUGACAAGUGGAAAAAAUAGAAUGAAUGUUUUGAGGUCAAGCUCUCGUACUGUUAUCUACAUACAUUCAGUGAAUUCAAUCAAUUCUGUGGGCAGGAGAGGCAUAAAAAGAUGGGUUUCUCCUGUCUUAAAGGAAAUAACUCGUCGUAAAAGGAAACAAACACCACAGCCAGUGGAAGCUAGACGUGCAUUUCUCGAGUGGAACAGAGAAGCUGAGAUAUGGGCAUUCAAUCAAAGGCUCAAAGAGAACUUUGAUAUAGAUAUCCUUACACGAGCUCUGACACACAGAUCCUAUGUUAUCAAAGAGGAAAUGGAGAGGAAGAAGGUAGGGAUCGAUGAUAUGAGCUUCACUAUCGAGGAUAAUAAGGAGUUAAUCGAGACUGGAAGAAAUCUCACAUCCAAAAUUGUGGAAAUUUACCUGAGUUUGGCGUUACCAAAAGCUCCAGAGGAAUGUAUACUAGCUCUCCAUGAUCACCUACUAUCAGAGGAAAUGCUAGCUAACAGUGCAUCUCUGAUUGGCACUAAAGACUUAAUUCUGAGCGAGGAAUAUCCACCAUCAUCUGAGACUCUAGCCAACACAUUUCUAGCUCUGGUCAGUGCUCUAGCGCAAAGUGUAGAUGAAAUUCACACUGGUAAAUUCAUUCGGGAUUUUUUAAUUGCCACACUGGCCGAACGAGAUCUCACUGAACUGUGGCAUCCAGAGGAGCCUCUUAAAAUUUUAAACGGAAUUUUAACGAGAGAUGGAGGAGAACCCGCAGAGCCUCGGCUAAUUGCCCAGAGUGGGGUAAAUUCUGUAUUACCCGUUUACCAAGUUGGAUUAUAUUCGAAAAAGGAAUUUUUAGCGGCAGGCACCGAGGAUAAUGUCGAGGGGGCAGUAAAAAUAGCAGCAUUAAAUGCCCUCAACGAUAUGUUCGAUCUAUCUCAGUCGAGAAAACCAAUGCAAUUCAAUCUUACUGUCGAUCCAUCCACCCAACAAAUGAAUAAUUUACCACUCCACAAAUGGUGCACAGAGAAUGUUCACAAACUCAUACAUAGAAAUUAAUACGUCGUAUUGAAUUGACGAUGGAGUGGAGACAAUGUAAAUCAUUGAAAAAAAUAUAUUAGUUGCAUCUUCCCUUAUCAAGGUAA